AUGGGUUCAAGAAUAGGUGGUUUAAGUACUGUGCUACCAGCAGACAAAGCACUUGCAGGAGUUCCUCGUCUUCUUGAUGAUCUCCGAAGAUUAUCGGAAGAUACCGAUUCCGCAGAUAUUGUUUUCAUUCUUGGAAGGGAAGAAGAAAGGGUAUUGGCUCAUAGAGUUAUAUUGAUGGCAAGAUGUAGAAGUUUCCAAACUGCAAAAAGAGGUGAAAUUUGCAGAAUACCUGGGUGUACAGUAUCACCUGCAGCUCCUGGUACCCCAACUCCUAUUCGACUACCACAAACUGCUCCAGAAACAUUUAAACAGUUCCUACUUUACAUUUACACUGGAAAGAUACUCCUUCAAGAUAAUGGUAUAUUUGAAAUGAUGGCGUUAGCUCAAGAAUUGGGAGUUGACGAACUCAGAAAUGCUUGCGAAGAUCAUGUUACUUCUACACUCUCGGUGCCAUCUGCUUGCACAUUUUUAUCUGCAGCUAUGGAUAUUCAUGAUAAAUCUCCUGGUGGAAAAGCUGCAUCUGGUUUUGUUGAAAGAUGUGUUAGUUUUAUUGGUGAAAAUGCUACCGAAUGUGUCCGAACUAAUUCAUUCUUGAAUCUUCCGAAAGAAGCUGUGAUUAAGAUUAUAUCCUCUGAUUAUUUAUGUUUAGAGGAAGAGGAUGUUUGGAGAGCUGCUCUAGGAUGGGCAAAAUAUCAAGCGGGAGUUACACAGCCUACACAUCAUUGGACUGAAGAGGAAAGAGCCAGAGUUUGUCAAUAUUUAUCUUUAGUUAUAAAUCAUGUUCGUCUGUUGCUCAUAGAUAGCAGAGUGUUUGCCGAAGAAGUUGAACCUACUGGUGCUGUACCAAUGGAAUUGAGCUUGGAGAGAUACCGUCAUGCAGCUUUACCAAGUAAAUACCCAGAAGCCUCUGAAGAUCAACGUCUCAAACCUAGAAUAUCUCCACAUAUGUUUCCAGGAUCCUCAAUUUUGGGUCAAGACAAAAGCCAUUUCCAGAGAAUAUUGAAUGCUUGGUACGGAAAUAGCAAACAAAAUUGGAGGCUGGUUUAUAGGGCCAGUAGUCAUGGAUAUGCCGCAUCUUCUUUUCACAGGCAUUGUGAUGGAGUUUCACCAACAUAUGUCAUAGUAUUAGGUAAAAGAGGAGAAAUCUGCGGAGGAUUUAGUGAUGCUGCAUGGGGAAGACCUCCAGGAAAAAGCCACUACGUCCAUUCAGACAGAGCAUUUAUUUUCACUCUAUACAAUCAUCAAGAUGUCCCUCCUACUCAAUUUCAUCUUGUAAAGAAACCGUUUGCAAUAUGUUAUCAUCCUGAUUCUGGUCCGAUAUUUGGAGCUGGCGCUGAUCUUCUAAUUUCAAGCAAUUGCAAUACUAACAUGGACAGCUAUUCAAAUUUGCCACAUACUUAUGAUGGAGAAGGAGCUUCGCCAUCUGUUUUAAUGGGAGAUUACAACUUUAUGGUGGCCGAUUAUGAAGUAUUCACACCUGUAAUCUCAAAUUCGAAAAUAAAUAAAACUGAAAGAUACCAAUAAGAACGUUAAUAAAGAAUAUUUUAAUGAAAUGAUGGUGUCAGCUAAAGUGGACUGGUUAUAGUAUUAUUAUUCAUCUGGAAUACCCGAGCAUGUUCUGCGCGCUCUUUUUAUGACGUAC